AUUUAGUCUAAAAUUUAUCAGCAAGGUGACAGGUGGGCGGGCAAUCACAUCAAAAGCGCGCGCGUCUCUCCGAGCCAUCGCAACUUCUUUUUCCCGCCCAAACCCCUAAAACCCUUACAUUUCUUCCAAACCCUAACCUCAAAAUUUGUGUUGUAGCGAUUCUCUACAUCCUCAUAAGCCCUAGCUUAGUUCUUCCAAUUUGAUAUCGUUUUUUUUACUCACGAAAAAUCGACAUGGAUGGGGAUUUGCAAGAACACAACAAGCUUCCCGAGCUGAAAUUAGAUGCUAAACAAGCUCAAGGGUUUCUCACGUUCUUCAAGAAAUUACCUAAUGACGAGAAGGCCGUUCGCAUUUUUGAUCGACGGGAUUAUUUCACAGCACAUGGUGAAAAUGCUUCAUUCAUUGCAAAAACAUAUUACCAUACAACAACAGCUCUAAGACAAAUUGGCAAUGGAUCCGAUGCAGUGUCUAGUGUAUCUGUAAGCAAAAACAUGUUUGAAACAAUCGUCCGUGACCUUCUUCUAGAAAGAACAGAUCAUAGUCUUGAACUAUACGAAGGCAGUGGCUCAAACUGGAGAUUAACAAAAAGAGGGACACCUGGCAAUCUCGGCAGCUUUGAAGACAUUCUUUUCGCAAACAAUGAUAUGCAAGAUUCUCCUGUGAUUGUUGCUUUACUUCCAAACUUUCGUGAAAAUGGCUGCACUGUUGGUUUGGGUUAUGUUGAUCUUUCCAAAAGGGUACUUGGAAUAACCGAAUUUCUUGAUGAUUCCCACUUCACAAAUGUUGAAUCUUGUCUAGUUUCUCUUGGUUGUAAGGAAUGUCUUUUACCUACCGAAAUCACCAAGUCAAAUGACUGUAAACCCUUGUAUGAUGUCAUGUCAAAAUGUGGUGUGAUGAUCACUGAAAGAAAGAAAGCUGAGUUCAAAUCAAGAGAUGUGGGACAGGAUCUUGGUAGACUAGUCAAAGGUUCUAAUGAACCAGUUCGUGAUCUUGUUUCCUCUUUUGAAUUUGCACCUAUGGCUUUAGGCGUGUUGCUAUCGUACACCGAGUUACUCUCUGAUGAAAACAACUAUGGAAACUAUCAAAUAACUCAAUACAAUCUUAGCAACUACAUGAGAUUAGAUUCUGCAGCUAUGAGGGCAUUGAAUGUAAUGGAAAAGAUUAAUAAAAGACUAGAUUUGGUUCAAGCUUUUGUGGAGGAUACUGGUUUUCGUCAGGUUUUAAGGCAACAUCUGAAAAGAAUAGCUGAUAUUGAGCGAUUAAUCCGGAUUAUUCAGAAAAGAAGAGCUGGUUUGUUGCAUGUUGUCAAGCUUUAUCAGUCAAGCAUCAGAGUUCCAUACAUCAAAAGUGCAAUGGAAGGGUACAAUGGUGAAUUUGCAUCACUGAUAGAGGAAAGAUACAUGGAUCGCCUUAAUUUUUGGACUAAUGAUGAACACCUAAGCAAGUUCAUUGGUCUUGUGGAAGUUUCAGUUGAUCUUGAUCAACUUGAAAAUGGAGAAUACAUGAUUUCACCUGGUUAUGACUCUCAAUUAUCAGCCCUAAAAGACGAACAAGAAUCACUAGAACAACAAAUACACAAUUUGCAUAGAAAAACAGCUGAUGAUCUUGAUCUGGCUCUUGACAAGGGUUUAAAGCUGGAUAAAGGCACACAAUUUGGUCAUGUUUUUAGAAUCACAAAAAAGGAAGAACCAAAAGUGAGAAAGAAGCUUGCUUCCCAAUUUGUUGUUCUUGAAACCCGAAAAGAUGGUGUAAAAUUUACAAAUACUAAAUUAAAAAAAUUAGGAGAUGAAUACCAAAAGAUUCUUGAAGAAUAUAAAAGCUGUCAGAAGGAACUGGUAACCCGUGUUGUUGAAACAGCAGCUACUUUCUCUGAGGUGUUUGAGGGUUUGGCUAUGUUGCUUGCUGAGCUGGAUGUCUUGCUUAGUUUUGCUGACCUGGCAGCUAGCAGCCCCACCCCUUAUACCAGACCCGAAAUCACACCUUCGGAUACAGGCGAUAUUAUAUUAGAAAACAGCAGACACCCUUGUGUAGAAGCUCAAGAUUGGGUGAAUUUUAUUCCAAAUGACUGCAAACUUGUGAGAGGAGAGAGUUGGUUUCAGAUUAUAACGGGACCCAACAUGGGUGGAAAAUCCACAUUUAUACGUCAGGUUGGUGUGAACAUUCUUAUGGCACAAGUGGGUUGUUUUGUUCCCUGUGAUAAAGCUUCCAUUUCCAUCCGUGAUUGUAUUUUUGCUCGUGUUGGUGCUGGUGACUGUCAGUUACGUGGAGUUUCUACCUUUAUGCAAGAAAUGCUGGAAACAGCUUCAAUUUUGAAAGGUGCAACUCACAAAUCGCUAAUUAUUAUUGAUGAAUUGGGUCGUGGAACUUCAACUUAUGAUGGAUUUGGUUUAGCUUGGGCUAUUUGUGAGCACUUGGUUGAAGUGAUAAAAGCACCUACUCUAUUUGCUACUCACUUUCAUGAGUUGACCGCAUUAGCUCAUGAAAAUUCUGGUCAAACUUCUGGCAUAGCAAAUUACCAUGUUAGUGCACACAUCGACUCAUUGAGCCGAAAACUAACAAUGCUUUACAAGGUUGAGCCAGGAGCUUGUGAUCAAAGUUUUGGUAUCCAUGUGGCAGAGUUUGCAAAUUUUCCUCAAAGUGUCGUAUCUCUUGCUAGAGAAAAAGCUGCUGAGCUGGAGGAUUUUUCGCCCCUUUCUAUCCUAUCAGAUGAACCUCAACAUAUGGUUGGAUGUAAGCGUAAGAAACUAUCAGAAGAAGAUGACGUGGCGAUAGGCAUUCCACGGGCCCGCAAGUUUUUGAAGGAAUUCUCGGAAUUGCCCCUUGACAAAAUGGAGUUAAAGGAGGCUUUGCAAGAAGUGAAAAGGUUAAAGAAUGAGAUGCUGAAUGAUACAGGCGACUGUAAAUGGCUCAAACAAUUCCUUUAGUUAUGCUUAUGCCUACCUUCAUUCCUCUUCAUUUUGGUAAUUACCACUUUUGCCCUCGAUAUCCGGUGUUCUUCUAUGGAUACCUUACAAUUGCAUUAUUGGGAUAUGUUAUGUUGGUCAAAUUCGUUUUGUUUGGGGGUGGUUUGGAGUAAUUUUGAUAAGAGGAGGGGUGUCUUUGUUAGUUAAUAGUUUCAGAUGGACUAAUUAUGUGGUUUUCAACAAGUAUAUAUAAUUAGUUGAAGCAAUCGUACGUUUCUAUGGAGCAUCCACAAUAGUUGGAAACUUUUUCUUGCUAUAUUAUUUGAAAAACUAUAUUAUUAUAUUAUAAUAAUAUAGUUAUUCGAAUACAAAAUUUUAGGAGGUUGUAUGUAUUAAAAACAUAUUGUUUUUAUAUCUUUCAAUUUAUG